AUGCCAUCACCAUUGAACCACGCUAUUCUAUCCAUCAUUCUUCUGGGUUCCCACGUGUCGACGACAAAGGUAGCUGAUGUUCCUUCAGUUUGUGAUGGUCUAAUCGAGCCAUCAAUUCUCUCAAUCGAUAAACCACUCGAGAAUAUCAAAGCGAAUCGAGGCAACAGUCUUGUUCUCCGAUGUGCAUUCUAUGCAUCUCCCCAGCCAUCGAUCACUUGGUAUCACCGAGGAAAACGUGUCGAAACUCAUCCGGCAGCUCAAUUCGAAACUCUUCUCUCCGCUACUAAUCUCGGACAAUCCGUCGUUGAAUCCGCACUUCGAAUCGAUUGUUUGGAUGAGCGUACAGCUGGAGAAUACUUCUGUGAAGCCACGUCGCCAUGCACUCAACCAGUUGUCACAUCAUCAGUCGUAUCCAUUAAUAAAGCUCCAAAAUCUAUCACCGGAACGUGCAAGUCACUCCGUCAACCCCUUGAAUCACCACCACUGAUCUCCGUUUUCACCCUGUCUCGCAUCGAACUUCCAGGAGGAGUGACUCAAUUGGCAUGCCGGACACAGGGAUAUCCAGCACCGAAAACAACAUGGUACAAGAUCGAGGAGGAUGAAUCUUUGAGUUCGAUCGAAGGACAACGAAACUAUAUGCACCUUCCCAACGGAGAUCUUUUGAUAGUCGGAGACGAGGAGACCAUCUCAGAAUCGUUCCGUUGCGUCGCUGAAAACCCACUCGGAUCUGCUCAUCAAGAUGCUUCAGUCAUCUACAUGCUCGCCUAA